GAUUUGACAAAGCCAGCUGCUCAACUCGAAGCUCUCGCAAAGCUUGAGGUUCACUAUCCACCCAACACAGGUACUUAAAGUUUUUUGCUCCUAUAAUCUAUAUUUGUAUUAACUUUAUUUAUGUUAAGUGAGAACUUUGAAAGGAAAAGUUAUGUGCAAGGAUUAGGAUUUUUUUAAACGCAUAAAUCAGUGGAAAAAUUAUUGGAGAACAAGUAUAAAGUGAACGACUACUUCUGCUGUAUCUUUGUAUGGCGAACAUUUUUCAUGCGAUCUCAUUAUUAAUCUCUGAAAGUCGUGCUGCUUUGCUUCGUAGUGAUCAACUGGUAGGCUAAGAUAUGGGGUAUUGGGUAGGGUUAAAAGUAAAUUUUCGAAAAUUCUUAACGAGUGAUCACUUUAUCUCUCAAAUCACAUACGCCUAUUUAUAAUUUGCUUCGUAGUGAUCACGGACUGGUCGUUCAACUCUCCGCACAGCUAUCUUAGGGGCAAUAUGACGUACCAAGACGGAAAACUGACGGUACCUGCCACUGGACUGUACUACAUCUACGCUCAACUGUACUUCCACAGCAAUGGCCGAGUCAAUAUCAACGUUAACGGAUUCACCGUUAACAUUAUUCAACCGGACAGAAGUCAAACAGACUUCCGUGGUAACCAGUACGUUGGUGGGGUUUUCCAACUGAAUGCUGGAGACGUCAUCACACUAUCUCCCAGCGAUUGGCCUAAUACACUUGGCACAAAAAUUUUUCUGGAAACCAAACACGGUUACUUUGGCGUAUUCAUGAUUUAA